AUGGCUGCUAUUGAGUCUUUACAAGUCGAAGAAGGUGCAAGAGCCGUCAGAGUGGAGCCAAGGGCAUGGACGCCGAUGAAGGUUGCAAUAGCCGUGAGCGUUGUCAUCGUUAGUCUGGGUUUCUGCGCCGUCUUGAUUGUUUCCCUUAUCAGACGCUCCGGUGCCAACCCACCUCCACAGCCUCCUCCAGAUCGCAACGAAAUCUGCCAGGACUUGCCGUACUCCUCGCUACCGGUACCUCUGAUCACCGUGGGCCUUGCGGAGCCAGUCGCAGACUGGGGGAGUUGCCCCUUUUGGGAGGCAACAACUGAGUCUGCUUUGGGAGCGGGUUGGAACCCCCCCUCACCACACAGACGUCUUUCAACCGAAAUGUGCCGCACGUACCGGGUGCCACUUGACUAUAGCCAGGGACUGGCGGGGGGAAGCAUCACUGUGACGGUGAAACGCUCUCGUUCUGCCACCGCAGACGACGGCCAGCUCUGGUUUAUGCAAGGAGGCCCCGGUGCGCCUUCGCAUCCCUUGCUAUAUAAGUUUGGUUUGGAUGGAAUCCCUGGAAAGGUUAGCUAUACACUGGACCACCGUGGCACUGGUUGGUCUACAGUGUUGGAUUGCCCCAUAGCCCGCAAGUCCGGUACUUUGCCCUGGGGCAACUCGUGGAUGAAGUGGGUAGGUCUUGGUAAUGUGUCUACAGAAACUGUUGAUGCCUGCCUGGCCGAAAUCUCAGAGAACAUUGGUGCGCCCAAGCAUUUCACUGCAGCUAACGCCGCACGAGAUUUGGCCUCCAUCAUCAUGGCAAUUCAAGCCGAAACAGGAAGCGCAGCUGAUGUUGGCAUCCAAGGCGUCUCCUAUGGAACCGUAUGGGCUCGACGCUUCCUGGAACUCCAGGGCCAGGAGUUUCCUGUUAUCGUGUCACAUGUCGGCAUCGAUGGUGUUUGCAGUGGAGACUAUGAUUUCGGCCAAUAUGCCUUGGCAGCUAACCGUGCCGGGAAGCGGCUGUUGGACCAGUACUGCGAUGAAGAUUGUCGUGGCAAGCUUGGUGCACCUGCCACUGGCUCUGUUGCCGUUUGGUUUGGGGAAGCUGUGAAGGAGAUUGACAAAGCCGUUACCGAUGGUUCAGCAGGUUUUUGUGGUACAUACCUUUGGGAACGAUUUGUGAGGUCAGCCGCACUCUCUGGAUGGACAGCGAAAACAUCAGCCAAGGAGGCUCUGGGUGCAAUGGGCUACAUACAUGUUACGAGAGGGUCUUCCGGAAUGCAAGCAUUCGUCCAGAUGGUUCUCACUUUGCGCCGAUGUAUCAAAGACGCGAUUGGUACGACCAUCCCUAGUGAUUUCUGGGAAGUUGCUAACUCAAUCGACCACGGUGUUGAGCUCGCUGAAGAGUACUUUCGUACCUAUCCAUCCUCCUUUUCAGCGAUUCUUCACCAUGUCGUCAGCUUCGGUGACAUGUGGAAAGGACCUCCUGAGCUACAUGCUUGGGGUUCGGAGGGUGGUCAGCACGGGAGCUGCAGCUUGCAAUCAUGGCGAAGCUACUUCGACGAGUACGUCUUCUGGGCACCGGACUUCGUGACGUUGAUGAGCCGGUAUCAAGACGUGUUCAAUAAGUAUGGCUAUCGCGAAAACUCUGUACUUGUCCAUAGCGACGGUCAUCCCUGGAGUAAUGUCACGGUUCUCGUGACCAAUGGCGACUUGGAUGGGCUGACUCCCUUGCGAUCUGCCCGCGCCACCUUUGAAGCUUUGCCAACUUGCAAAGCACAAGUCGAGCUUCAAACUGGAAAGCAUUGUGUCUCCAGCGAUGACUGUCUCAGGGAUGUGAUUACUGCCUUUUUCACCAGUCCGGUCUCCUGCCCAUCCGGUUCCCUGAUUCCGAACACUUCCAGCCACCUGGGUGAGGCCUUGAAAGCAUUCGAUUUAAAGAGCUGCAGUAAGCGCAAGAUAUAUUAUCCCUACGGCUUUCUGCCUGUAGCCGCCUGUGGGCGCGAACAGCACAGCAGCAAUUGUGACGCGAGUUUUGGGUCUGAUGGUGAGCAUGGAGUUUGCGGGGGUUGUUUUGUAAAAUGCGUCGAGCUGCUGGACAAGGCAAACGUGCCGAACUCAAGAUGCGUUUGUGCGGCAGAAGCUGUUCGCUGUGGAGCCAGAGGCAAUUGCACAGAGAUGGGGGUUGCAUUCUGCUCGAAAGAAGUGUCGAAUGCUGGCUGUGACAACGAAGACAGGUUGUGCCAGGAGCCAGCUGCCACAGGUGCCAAAAGGUCAGCACCGGUUGUGACGUGA